GAAGCACCAUUUUGAAAAGGAUCCAUACUAGACAAGCUCCUUCACUUACCAGAAGACUGCACAAAAAUGCCAGAGAAACACAGAUCAGCACCAGAUCAGAACCACAUCGCAGACGCAGAAAGCAGCAAAGAAUUCAUGAAUUUUCAGCCUUCACAAGUAAAGAAGAAGAAAAGAAGCACAUAUUAAUUUUCUUUUUCUUUUUGUUUUUUCAAAGAAAUAAAAGAAAGAGUGAUGGAUAGGGAAAUAGAGAGGUUCCUGAAGAGGCUAUCGUUCGUGGCCAUAGCAAUAGCAUCCACCACUCUCAUACUUCUCUUCCUCCAAACCCCCGACACGUGUGUCCCUUCCGACGCCCCACUCAAACCCCACCUUCGGUUCCCCAAAUCAACCUGCGAUUUUACCACGCGCAUCCACGCGCCGCUCCAUAAGAAGAACCAGCGCCUCUGGUCCACGCGUGACUGGAACUCCAAGGUCCAGUCCUUCUCCUCCGCCGUCUUCCUCCCGCUUCGCCGCCUCGGCAUCCUCGCCAACCACUCCAAGGUUCUCUGCGUCUCAGCCGGCGCCGGCCACGAGGUCGCCGCACUCUCCGGUUCCGGCGUCGAGGACGUCACCGGUGUGGAGCUCGUCGAUUCGCCGCCGCUCGUCCAGCGCGCUGAUCCGCACAACCUGCCGUUCUUCGACGGUGCGUUCGACCUCGCGUUCUCCGCAAGGCUGGAUGAGGCGCUGUUCCCGGCGAGGUUCGCGGCGGAGAUGGAGCGCACUGUCAGGUCCGGCGGUUCGUGUGUUGUCGCCGUCGCGGAGUGCGGGGACGAUGAGGUGAGGGAGGUCGUUGGUCUGUUCAGGAAAUCGAGGUCAGGUCAAAAUGGACCCGGCCUCGCCCAUGAACACCCCUACUGGCAGCUAAUCAAGCGAAUUUUGAGGUAUAUUAGUUGUACUUUGAGCUAUGGCUUACACUUACACAAGAAUAGCACACUUGAUCUUACAGCAUAUAGUGACUCCGAUUGGGGUGGAGACCCUGAUAAUAGAAAGUCCACCAGUGGUUUUUGUGUGUUCUUGGGCAAGAAUCUGGUUUUGUGGUCAUCCAAGAAGCAAAGUGUAGUGGCAAGGUCCAACACUAAGGCUGAGUAUCGGACCAUGUCAGACCUUGUAGCUGAGCUCAUUUGGGUGAAAAAUCUCCUAUGUGAGCUCAAGCAUCCUGUUUUUGAACUUCCAAUUAUUUACUGUGACAAUUUGAGUGUUAUGUUAUGGCUGCAAAUCCAAUACUUCACUCAAAGUCCAAGCGUUUUGAAACUGAUCUGCACUUUGUAAGGGUCUAUGUGACGAAAGGUAUAGUUAAGGUCAGUCAUGUUCCAGGCUAUGUUCAAAUGGCUGACGAUUUAACAAAAGCACUGCUUUCAGCGGCUUUUCUUCACUUUUGGUCAGCCCUUCAAAUUACAGAUGUAAAUGAU